AUGGAAGUUCAUACACUGAAUUCUACAGUCAUUCCCCAUGAUCUCCCUUCCACCUCAAUUACCAAAAUACCCCUCACCAUCUUCGACAUGCUUGCACCGAAUAUGCAUUUUGCCGUCUUAUAUGCCUUCAUGCCACCAACCCCAACGAACGCUGCCUUGAAAGAUGGCCUAAAGAAGGCUGUAAGGCUCUUUCCUACUCUAGCAGGCCACCUUGCAGAGAAAGAUGAUCGUUGCCGUCCGUUUAAUUCACUAGGAGGCAAAGGUGGAGGUGUUCUAGUGGUGGAGACGAGUGUGGAAUUGGAAUUAUUAGAUAUUUUGCCUCUCGAGCCAUCGCCAAACCUGCUGCAGUUGCACCCUCCAAUCGACAAGGCCCAUCACAUACUUCAAAUCCAACUCAACCGCUUUUCAUGUAGCGGACUAGUGAUUGGCGUAACAGCCCACCAUCGAGUGGCUGAUGGUAAAUCAAUGAGCUCUUUCUUUGUCACAUGGGCGAAGUUGGUUCGUGGGUCCCACAUAGACAGCUUUCCUGUCUAUAAUCAAACCAUGCUAGUACCCCGGGACCCACCAAGAUGUGAUCGUGACCAUUGGGGGAUUGAUUUUCAGCCCCUUCCACUACUACCAUCUUCUCUUCCUUCCACCUUAAAUUCAAAUGAAGUAUGUAACAUGAAAGUCCACUACAGUGGGGAGUUCAUAUCAAAGAUAAAAGCUCAAAUGCUACAGAAAUACUCUACUUUUGAUGUUUUAAUGGGGCAGCUUUGGAAGAACAUAACAAGGGCUCGUGGGCUUGAUCCUGAUAUGGUUACUCAGAUCAGGGUGGCCGUGAAUGGACGGCCAAGAAUGCGGCCAGCCGCACCAACGGAGUACUUUGGUAACAUGGUCAUCAACGCCUACCCGAGGGCUUAUGUGAAGGAGCUGAUUGAAGGGAGCAUUGCUAAUGCAGUGAGAUUAGUGCAUGAUGCAGUGGGACGUGUUAGGGAUGGAUAUAUCCAGUCGUUGAUCGACUUCGGGGCGAUCAACGGUGGGAAUGUGCUGGUGCCUGUUACAGAUGUGGAGGGGUUAGUUUUGUGCCCUAAUCUGGAAGUUGAUAGCUGGUUAGGGUUUCCUUUCCAGGAAGUGGAUUUUAGAGAUGGAGGGAGCUUAUGUGGUUUUGUUCCUUCGUGGAUAGAAGUGGAAGGCGUGGUGAUCUUGAUGCCUAUGUUGCAUGAGGUUGAUGAAGGUGGUGUGGAUGUCAUGGUCACCUUAUUUGAAAACCAUGCAGGGCUUUUUCGGCAGAUCUCCCAUUCCUUAUAUUAG